GGAGUGCACUCCAUUUUGUGUCCUUGUUGCGCCGCAGUUUGCCACUCACACAUGCAAGGAAGGUGCGGACAAGUCCCACUCAAGUGAACGCGAGCGCAAGAACUAUGGAGUCCUCCUUGGAGCUGUCCAGCUCUUUGGGCAGUGUGUCGUCGCUGCUGAGCGGCUGCAGGACCUUCAAAGUGCUCGUUAUCGGGGACUCUGCGGUAGGCAAGACCUGCCUCACACACCGACUCUGCGCGGGGCAGUUCCCCAACAGCGCGGAGGCUACGAUCGGCGUAGACUUCCGAGAGAUAGUUCUUGACAUCGACGGAGAGAUGAUCAAGCUCCAACUGUGGGACACAGCGGGACAAGAGCGCUUCCGUAAGUCUAUGGUGCAACAUUUCUACCGCAACGUGCACGCAGUUCUCUUCGUGUAUGACGUCACCUGCAGGGCCAGCUUCAACAGCCUUUCGGCCUGGGUAGAAGAGUGCAGACAGAACUCUCUCGGCCAGAAAGUCCUCAGGUUUCUGGUUGGGAACAAGAGUGACCUCCGUGAUGUCGUUAAGGCGGAUGGUCUGGUGAGCCAGGAUCAGGCCAAGAACUUUGCCAAGACUCACAACAUGGUGUUUUUUGAGACAUCAGCCAAAUGCACAAGUAGACCACGCGGUGUCGGGGAGGUGCCCUAUCAACGUGAUAAGGUGGAGGAUGUUGUCAAUGCUGUUGGUGCCAGACUGAAGAGACAGAAGAAUCCCAGUGCAGCAUAUAACCUUGCAUACAGCGGCUCUUUUAAAGUUUUCAAUAAAAAAACAAAGGAGAAAGAAAUGUGGAGCUGCUGCUGAAAGGAAAAACAAUGAUUAGCAAGGAUUGGUAGUGUCAGACACUUUAAUAUUUAUACUUUUUAAUAUUGUGCAUGUUACACUUUCUAACAUUGUAUAUUUGUAAUCUUUAUUAAUUACCAAAUAAAAUAUUAUGUCAAUGACAAAUCAUUGUGUUUAUUGCAAAUUGAACUCUGUGUGUAAA